AUGAAGCGCAUGGGCUCCUUCUUCGGCGAGACUACCACCACUACCACAUCAACCUCGAGCAGCCCUUCGGGUUCGCCCGUGAUGGAUCAGAACAGACGCGAGCUGGUCUUCAAGAUCCUCGUCGUCGGCGACAUCGGCGCAGGCAAGACCGCGAUCAUCCGCCGAGCUGUUGAUAACAUCUUCUCCGAUGCCUACAAGGGGAGAACGAGAAAGCCUGACCCUGACCCCACACAGAGCACGAUCGGCGUCGACUUUGCGUUGAAGUCCGUAAAGCUGAACCCCAAGACCACGACCUGGCUUCAACUCUGGGACAUUGCUGGCCAAGAGCGCUACGGAAACCUCACGCGGGUGUACUACAAGGAGGCGGUGGCUGCCCUGGUGGUGUUCGACCUCACGCGACCGGCGUCGUUCGAGGCCGUGCGCAAGUGGAAGAGCGACAUCGACGCGAAGGUGGCCCUCGCCAACGGCGACCCCAUUCCCUGCAUCCUCGUCGCCAACAAGAGCGAUCUCGUCAACGUGCCGCUCAACGAAGACGUCAUGAACCAGUACUGCAAGGAGCACGGCUUCCUGGACUGGAUGGUGACGUCGGCCAAGAAGGACGUCGGCAUCACAGAAGCGAUGACGGCCAUCACACAGCAUAUCAUGGCACGAUCGCCCAUCGACGACGACCUGGACGAAGACGACGACCUUAUCCACCUGGCGAGCAACGAAGCCCGACCACUUGGCUAUGGCUGCUGCUGGAGUGGUUAA